AUGGACUACAACCAGCAUCACCACCCGUCAAACUCAAUUGACAACGCCGCAUAUCCCGGGGACUCAAGCUACCAACCCGGCGGCCACCCUUCCAAUUCUAUCAGCAAUGCCGCCUACCCUUCAGACUCAUCCUACCGGCCGUCUGACCCGACGAUGCCCACCGACGACAAGCUCGCUAUGCCCAAUGCCCGUUACUCCCAAUCCUACAACAAUAAUCACAAUGCCGCCCCCGGCGCCGCCAACAGCAGUAGCAGUACACAAGCACAAGCCCAAUUCCCGCCGUAUCCAACCAAUGCUCCAGCACCUUUCCAGCAAUCGCAAGGCUGGAACCAGGCGCAGAACCACGACCCCUUGUACUCUCCCGCUCGUGGGCCGAUAGCACCGUGGACCCCGGAUGGCAUGUCAGCCGCGAACCCUAACCUCCCGCCACCACCGCCGUACGACCCCUCGAGGCCAGGCACGGGGACUACUAACCCUUCGACGCCUCGCGAUCCGAUAUCACCAAACCCCUCAGAGAGUGCCCUUCUCAGCGGACAGCAGCAGCAGCAGAAUGGAGCGCAUUCCACGCGAUCUCAGAGUACCUACACUAGCACCCCACAGCAAGCCCCCGCACCGGCGGCAGCUCACGUAGCCGACGCGGAAUCGGGACAAGGGGAACGGAGCGGGCCGCGCGCCUACUUGCAAUCGAUGACGGGAGGGAUGCCGGCUUAUGGCAACAGUCCUGGACAGCUUGGCCCCGUCGCGCAGGCUAGGAAGAAGAGAAAGAUGAAGCUUGGCAUUCUCGCCGGCGUGCUCUGCGCUGUCUUGGUGUUCCUGAUCGCGUUGAUAGUGGGCGUGCUGGUCGGCAUCGUCAAGGUCAACCAGAAGGAUGAUAAGCCGCCUCCGUCUAACGGACCGCCGAGGCUCUUUUAA